AUGGAGGCAACAAGGAAAGAGCUUGAAGAUAAAAAUGAGURUAAGAAGGUGGGUUUUUCAGAUGGGAUUGUGCUGAAGCCCAGACGAGGUUUCUUAAAGAGAAAAUGGACAAUAUUGGAUAGACGUUCGGCUGGUGGUAUUUUGUUCUUGCAUUUGCUCUGUCUUUUGGCUCCAUUUCACUGCAACUGGGCAGCCUUUUGGGUUGCCUUUGCAUUGUAUUUUAUUACAGGUCUAUUUGGAAUAACACUCUCGUACCAUAGAAAUCUCGCACAUAAAAGUUUCAAGCUUCCCAAAUGGCUCGAGUAUUUGUUCGCUUAUCUUGGACUACAUGCCUUUCAAGGUGAUCCAAUUGAUUGGGUGAGUACACAUAGGUAUCACCAUCAGUUCGUUGAUACCGAAAGAGAUCCACAUAGCCCUUUAGAAGGAUUUUGGUUUAGUCACAUAACUUGGAUGUUUGAUGCCUAUACUUUGACCAAAAAAGUUUGCCCCAAAAAUGUUGAAGAUUUCGAGGAAAAAGACGCUAAACGAAAGCGUUUUAGCAAUAUAUUUGUGGCACAAGUCAAGUAUGGAAGACCAAAUAAUGUGGAUGAUUUACAAAAGCAAGCAUUUUAUAGGUUUCUUCGAAGAACAUACAUUCUUCAUCCCACUGCUCUUGCACUUGUCCUCUAUGCCAUGGGAGGACUUCCCUUUGUUGUUUGGGGAAUGGGGGUGAGGCUUGUUUGGUUUCUGCACAUUACUUUCUUUAUAAAUUCUGCAUGCCACAUAUGGGGCUACCGACGAUGGAACACGACCGAUCUGUCCAAGAACAAUUGGGUAUUUGGGUUGCUUGCGUUUGGGGAGGGUUGGCACAAUAACCACCAUGCCUUUGAAUAUUCAGCUCGACAUGGUCUUCAAUGGUGGGAAUUUGACUUGACUUGGUGGGUUGUCUUGUUCCUUCAGACUAUUGGAUUGGCCACUGAUGUGAAAUUACCAUCUCAAGGCCAAAAGCAAAAGUUGGCAAUGGACCAUAAAAGAAUUUGAUAGUUCUUUAAGAGAUUGUCCAAGUAUUGAUGCUUUGUGAGUGAGUGUUUUUUUUCCUCCGGAAGUAUUAUCAAGA